UUAUAUAGAUACACUGACUCCAGAGAUAUAACCCUUAACUCUAUCAUACCUACAUGUAUAUAUAGAACUCGUUUUUGAGAAAAUGAAUCAUAUGUAUUGAAAUAUUUUCUGGUUUGUUUUCGCUCAAAGCUAUUGAUAAAAGUCUACUUUCGUUAUGCAAAUGAGAACCCAAAUGUAGGUCAGCGCACUAUCAGCGCGGCGAUACACGACUGUCACAGUAUGAAGAAGACUUUGACCAUCAAUUCCCUAUGAUAUUAUUUCAGAUGGCAACGUCCCAGAAACUGGAGGAACAUUUCCUCACAUGCACCAUAUGCACAGAGGUGUUUGAAAAUCCAUGCACGCUUGUGUGUUAUCACACAUUCUGUCGGAAAUGCGUUGUCAACUACACAAAAACCAAACCAGAAGCCAUCAGUGCCAAGUCUCUUCUCUGUCCAUUCUGCAGCAAGAUGACGAAAGUGUCUGACCCUGACAGACCAGUGGUGGAAUGGGCGGAUGACGUCAAGCCAAGCUUUGUCAUCCAGGGACUGUUGGACUCCUUUGGUCCUGGAUCUAAAGAUACAACAAACUGCACCUGCUGUCAUGCAGAAGGGGAGACAACUCCUGCAUCUGUAUGGUGCUCGGUGUGUGACGAAUCCCUGUGUGACCGAUGUGCUAGAAUGCACAAACGUUUCCCAUCCACUCGUCAUCAUGACGUCCUUGACCUUUCUGGCGAGGUCAAUAUUCCCCGGAAGCGUAAAGUCAUGUGUAAUGAACACAAAGAUGAGUGUGUCAAAUUCCUGUGCAAAGACUGCAAGAAACUCACCUGCCAAACCUGUUGUAUUAUCUAUCACAGAAAAUGUGAGUCAGUUGUCACACUUGAGUCGGAAUUGCCUGCUUUAAAAUCGAAACUGCUGAAUGAGAAGGAAAACAUACGACAGAAACAAAUUCUUAUUGAAAAGAAAGUCGAUACAGUUAAAUCGAAUGUCAUGACUGAGAAAGAUCGAUAUGUCCAAAUGGAAUCGAAGAUCAAGUCUUCCGGAAAAAAGGCGAGGGAAACAAUCACUGUCAAGGAAAAUAAACUUUUAGAUGAACUGAAAGAAAUUUCAGAAAGGCACAUUGAACAGUUGAACGCCGACAUUAAGUCAGGGGAGAUAUCAGUACAGAUGUACCGACAACAGGCUGAGCUGAUUGACAAGACUCUACAAUCUGAGUGUGACAUGGAUGUGUAUGAGAUGUACCAGGGGUGUGAUGCUGGUGAUGUGGAGGAUGUCGGACACACAGACUUGGAGGAGAAGGGAAGAAUAGCCAGGAUCACGUUCAGACAGGACUCGGACAAGCUGAGUAGAGCAGUGGACGAUCUACAGCUGGGUGAGAUAGACGUUCUGUAUGACAGUGUGUUGGACCUGGCGGCUACACCUGUGUUACGAGACACGAUCAACGUCACUGUAGCAGGAGAUCAGAGAGAUGCAGGGCCUCUUGACGUGACAGCGCUAGUGAUACAUGAUACACAUACAGUUGUAACCACAGAUAAUUGGAACAUGAGUGUGAAGUCUUUCUAUACCAGAGAUAAUCAGUCAUGCCAUAGCAAGCUCAGCUUGAAUAGUGGACCUAGCCGCCUGACAAAGUUACAACACAAUCAAGUGGCUGUCACUGUAUGGAAUAAAACAAUCAUAACGGUUGAAGUCAACCCUGACCUGGUGCUGCUGUCAACCAUCACAACAAACAAACAGUACUGGGGUAUAACGUCCCUGACCCCAUCAACACUUGCAGCAAGUUCCCAGUCUCCUCCCUGUGUGGAUAUUCUGGACAUGACAGGAAACGUGCUGAGGUCAGUCAGUCCACUCUGUAGUGGAACAAAGAUCCUGAAAAUUCCUUGGUUUCUUUGCACCACAAGAACAGGAAACAUUCUUGUGUCCGACUGUUCCCACCGUGUCUUGUGUCUGACACCUGAAGGGGACGUUGUGUUCACCUACCCCCCGACAGGACACACAACAAAGGUGAAUCCUCAGGGCAUCACAAGUACCAACACAGGUGACAUUCUGGUUGCUCUAUACUUUCAGGAUAAUGUGGUUCAUCUGACCGAGUCAGGCCAGCUUGUUAGGAACGUUCUUACAGCAGGUGACGGUGUAGAUCGUCCGUACGGUGUUUGUGCAGAUGGACGUGGCCACGUGUAUGUUUGUAAUUUCAUCUCAGGUAACAUCAAAGUAUUCACAUGUAGUAAUACAGAAUAGAUAACUGAUUCAUACUCAAACCAUAUUCCACCUGUUACUGUGAAAAUUAAUACACUACAAUGUUUGAUUGGUGCACAUGGAUCAUAAGUGGACCGUAGACAUGUACACAUACUCUACUUUUACACAGGCUGUUCCAAGCCAGUACGACCCGUGAAGAUCCGUGGUAGAAUUGGUCUUCAGCAACCCAUUCUUGUCAUAAAAGGCGACUAUGCUUGUCGUAAAAGCCCACGUAC